AUGAAGAAGCUAACCUCAAAUUAUGAUGGGAGAUGCUCAAUUCUUCGGACCAAUGAGCAAUCUUUCUCCGAAUCAGAGUGGUUAGAGGAAACUCUCAAAUUAGAUACCAUAUUUUUCCCUCAACUCUCCUACCCGAUUUCCACAACCCCACAAAAGAGUGAACCAAACUCUAUUUGGAAUCCAACUAUACCUCCCUCCAAUUCAACUCUCAUUUGGAGAAUCUUUCACUACAAAAUGCAUACAAAUACCAAUUUGGCUUUAAUGGGGGUUAUCACAUUCCUUCUAUGUGUAGCUUUUACAAAAAUUCGAUUGAAAUUGACCUCCAUCUCUUUAUUGUCCUUUCUCUACAGGCUGUGGAAUUGGUUGCAAAACACCAUAAAUCAAUCUAUUGACUUCUCAUCCUUUACCUCCACCCUCAAGGUUUCCAAUAGAAGUUGGAGCCCCCAAUGUUCUCUUGUUAUAUGUGUUGUUGUUAUUGCCACUCUCAAAACUGUAUGGCAAAGUAGGAAUGUUUUGAGAUUUCAAAAUAAAACAAAUUCGAUCAGCACUGCAAUUACUAACAUUGUUGGAUUAGUGUCCUUGACAGACAAUGCGACCAACCUCACAACUAGUCCUUUCAUUCAAGACUUCACUGUUCCCAAGGCCUUCAAAGUUAGAACUCGUCCUCCAAAGGCUCCUAGAAACAAGAGAGUGAUAUGGUGCCCACCUAAUCCUCAUUGGAUCAAAUGUAACACAUGUAGUUCUUCCCUUGGUCCAUCCUUCUGUGGUGGUAUUUCCAGAUCAGCUUCUUGUGAUUGUAUUGGUUAUUUUGCCACUUUCCUUGAUGCACACAACUCUCUUUAUGCUGGGCUCAUGAAAAUCAUUCUUGCUAGUGAAUUUUGUCAUUACUCGCAUCUAUAA